AUGGUUGUUACCUCAAAGCUGGACAGUGCGCUGCAUUGGUUAUAUUCUUCUAUAGUCUUGCCUAUCGAGACGGAUGCAGCGGAAGGCCGGACACGGGUUUGUGGGGCCGCGGACUUGGUGAUCAUAAGCAACCGCGGAAGACAAAGGAUAUUGUACAUUAACACAUGUCUUUCUAGAAAAGAUAGGAAACAAGGACUCGGCGGUAGCAACAACUUCUACAGGCUAAGGAGUCGCCUCCCCCCAGCUCGCGCCCCCAGCAGCAGCCGCAGCAGCGGCUCCUGCAGGCCCUUCGGUGUAGAGACACAUGCCUUUUGCGGGUCAUUUGGCCUUGUCUUUGCGCUGAAAGAGCAGCAACCGACGCACCAGCAGGAGCUCCACCAGCAGCACGAGCAACUGCGGCAGUCAGAGCGGGGAAGGAUGCCGAAGCCAGCCUUACCCCAUCUUCCUCUCAAGGACAUACAUCGGGCUCUGUUGCUUCCCCCACAGCAGCAGCAGCAGCGGCAACAGCAACCAUGCUUGACAACCGGCAAUGAACAGCCGCAGCAGCAGCAGCAACAACAGAAGCAGCAGGACCUCGACAGCAUGCAGCGACAGGUGGGGCUGGUUACGGAGGCUGAUCUGCUGCGGGUUCUCAAGCAGCUUGCUGAGUCUCCUGUUCUAAUUGCUCCGCAGCAGCAGCAGCAGCCAGAGGAAGCACAGCAGCAGCAGCUGCUGCUGUUGCAGGAGGCGGACGUCGCUGGAGGUGGAGGUUCAGGAAAAAAUGCACCUGACUAUCCUCUCUCUUGUCUCUGCCAAACACAGGGCGUAGGGGGGGGCCGAGGUUGCAGCCGGUGCAGCGGUAGCAGGCAGCAGCAGCAGCAAGCUGCUGCAGGCAGGACCCUACAUAAGAGACAACACAGGCAACAGCAGCAGGUGCCCGAAAAGCAGCAGCUGCAGCAGCAGAGUAGCGGCCAGCAGCAAGUCACCGCAACAGGCCGUCGCAUGUCGGGCCUCGGACGGGGCCCCGUGGAGCAGCAGCAACAGCAGCAGUGGAUUGAUUUCGGAGAUGCGCUCACCUUGCAAAAACAGCUUGACGCUCUUGUGCGUAACGCCCUUGGAGGCUUGGGACCGACUUCAGGCGAUAGUUCACCUCAACAGCAGGAAUGGCAGCAGCAGCAGCAGCAGCAGCCGCAACAGCAGCUAGUAGGCGGCAUCAGCAGCAGUAGAUUCGGCCACUACACUUCAGGAGAUGUUACACCCGCCAGCAGCAGCGAAUGUCGCACCCCCCAGGGCACAGCCUUUUCCAUAGAGUCCCCAGGGGUUGCUGCUACGUUGCAGCAACAGCAACAGCAGCAACAGCAGCAACAGCAGCAGCAGCUAGACGAUAUGGGGCAGUCGACAACAGGAUCCCUACAGGGGACCACUGCCGUUGCUCUGGCGCUGAAGGCGAGGGAGCUGCGUGACGCUCUGCUGGGGGAACUGCAGCAGCAUGGGCUGUCGGCGGAGGCUGCAGCGAGCCGAGCAGCAGACAUUUUCAGUGCUGCUCUCGCGCUCACGCGGUGCUCAACGACAAAGCCAGAGGCAGGAAAGAACUUUCUUUCUUGGUUACAGGGUGUUGGCGGCCCCAACUUUGCUGCUCCUACGAUGCUAGCACACCCAGACGAGUUUAGGAAUCCCUCUUCCUUUCUCAAGAUCUACGGGGACCCCAUGUGCUGCUUGGAGCAGCAAGCGCACCGCGCGGGUGGCGGCCCGUGGGGUUCUUCAGGCGACAGCGCUGCAGCAGCAAACCCCAUUCGAGGCCGCAACGGCAACUGGCUCUGCAGGAGCUGCAGCAAUGUGAACUUUCCCAGGCGCUUCCGCUGCAACAAAUGUGGUGCCCCCAGAGGGCCUGAUGGCGACGCCGUAGUUGCCGAGUACGCAAAGCAGGUGUACAGACACCACCUGAACACGUUCAGGCUGCUAGCAGAGAGUCGAGGCGGAGACACUCCGCUUAAGAGACUCCGAGGCAAGAAGAAGCAGCAGCAGCAGCAGCAGCAACAGCAGCAGCAGCAACAGCAACAGCAAAGAGCUGUAGCUGCUGCAGUGCUUGGGCUUGCUUCCUUAUCACGCAGCAGCAGCACAAACGACAGUCCCACCCACCAGGCUAGACAGCUCAGGGCUCCGGUGCUGCCAGCAUCGCUGGCGUCGACAGUGUGUGGCCUUACGGGUAGCAACAGCAGCAGGAACGGCCGCAGCAGCAGCAGCAGCAGCAGCAGCCCCUGCCACUCCCUCUCCCUGGGUGCAAGCGAAAACAGCCCCUUAAAUGCGAGUACCUGCAGCAACAAUGCAGGCAUUCAGGCAGCUUCAGGAUCCCCCCAGGCAGCAGAAACAGCAGCCACAGGGGAAGACGCAUUGGCUUCAUCUGAAACUGGAGCAGCCGCAGCAGCAGCAGCAGCAGCUGAGACAAAGCUCCACUUCGCGUCGCAUGCUCUCCACUGA